UAGAAGCAGGUGACCCGGGCGGGGCUGGAGAGGCCAGGCAACCCGCGGCCGUGACUCUACUGCAGCUACAGCUGCUGUUGCCGCUGCUGCGCGCCGUUUGUUAUCCUCCGGAGGUGGGCGAAAGGGUGCUAGAGCGCGGGGGAGGAGUCGAUCCCGGCGCGUCCUGGGAGCGCCGCCACCGCCCCCAGGAGUCCGCUGGAGCGCGGAGCCCCCUGCAGGGGAGGAGGGGAGCGGCUGGCGGGACGCGGCGGCGGGCUCCCACCAUGCAGUCCCGGCGGGGCCAGAGCCGGCUGCUCCCAGUGCUGUGAGGCGGCAGGAUCCUCCGGUCGCCGCACACCGCCUUUCUCUCGCCCAGGUGCUGCCAGGCGCGCUCGCCCUUCGUCCGGCCCCCGCACCCUGGUGGAAACGCACAGCCUGCCCCCGCCCCGCCCUGCCCCGCCCGGAUCAUGCAGGGGGCCCCGGAGGAGGAGGGGGCGAGUGACCGGUCUGCGGCGACCUCGUUUAGGGGGCGGCUCCCUCUCUGAGACGCCCCCGCCCGCUGCCAUGUGCUACCUCCUUGGGUACCCAGCCUAUCUCCAAACUUUCCCGAUGCCAGCCCAGCUCUGAGUCGCGGUUCUGAGUGAAGUGUCCCACAGACGGAGGACCCAGGCUGGCUACGGACUAUCUGCUUAUCUCGGGAUCCUCGGAGAGUACUUGCGCUGGAAUCUAGAGCCCUAACCGUCCCUCUCAACCCUAUUCGGCGAAGAGCUGGAGAGGCAGCAGAGGCAGCGCCUUUCUGAAACAGUUUAUCUUUGGACGGAUUUCUUUAAAAGAAAAAGAAACCAACAGGUUGCCAGUUCCGGCGCCACACAAGUCUGCAGAGAGGGAAGCCGCGGUCCCGGUUUCCCCUGCUUGAGCUGGCCCCUUGCGGGCUGCGGCAGGCGAGGGGAGGGAGGGGGCUAUGGCUCGGCCUGACCCGUCCGCUCCGCCUUCGCUGUUGCUAUUGCUUCUGGCGCAGCUGGCCGGCCGGGCGGCGGCCGCCUCCAAGGCCCCGGUGUGCCAGGAAAUCACAGUGCCCAUGUGCCGCGGCAUCGGCUAUAACCUGACGCACAUGCCCAACCAGUUCAACCACGACACGCAGGACGAGGCGGGUCUGGAGGUGCACCAGUUCUGGCCGCUGGUGGAGAUCCACUGCUCGCCGGACCUGCGCUUCUUCCUGUGCUCCAUGUACACGCCCAUCUGCCUGCCGGACUACCACAAGCCGCUGCCGCCCUGCCGCUCCGUGUGUGAGCGCGCCAAGGCCGGCUGCUCGCCGCUCAUGCGCCAGUACGGCUUCGCCUGGCCGGAACGCAUGAGCUGCGACCGCCUCCCAGUGCUGGGCCGCGACGCCGAGGUCCUGUGCAUGGAUUACAAUCGCAGCGAGGCCACCACGGCGCCCCCCAGGCCCUUCCCGGCCAAACCCACCCUCCCAGGCCAGCCGGGGCCAGCCUCGGGGGGCGACUGCGCCGCCGGGGGCCCAGCGAUGUGCAAGUGCCGCGAACCCUUCGUGCCCAUUCUGAAGGAGUCGCACCCGCUUUACAACAAGGUGCGGACCGGCCAGGUACCCAACUGUGCGGUACCCUGCUACCAGCCGUCCUUCAGCCCCGACGAGCGCACGUUCGCCACCUUCUGGAUCGGCCUGUGGUCUGUGCUGUGCUUCAUCUCCACUUCCACCACGGUGGCCACCUUCUUAAUAGACAUGGAACGCUUCCGUUACCCUGAGCGCCCCAUCAUCUUCUUGUCAGCCUGCUACCUGUGCGUGUCGCUGGGCUUCCUGGUGCGCCUGGUCGUGGGCCAUGCCAGCGUCGCCUGCAGCCGCGAGCACAGCCACAUCCACUAUGAGACAACGGGCCCUGCGCUGUGCACUGUUGUCUUUUUACUGGUCUACUUCUUCGGCAUGGCCAGCUCCAUCUGGUGGGUCAUCCUGUCGCUCACCUGGUUCUUGGCGGCUGGCAUGAAGUGGGGCAACGAGGCUAUUGCAGGCUAUGCGCAGUACUUCCACCUGGCCGCGUGGCUCAUUCCCAGUGUCAAGUCCAUCACUGCACUGGCACUGAGCUCCGUGGAUGGGGACCCGGUGGCCGGCAUCUGCUACGUGGGGAACCAGAACCUGAACUCGCUACGCGGCUUCGUGCUGGCCCCGCUGGUGCUCUACCUGCUGGUGGGCACGCUCUUCCUCCUGGCCGGCUUCGUGUCUCUCUUCCGCAUCCGCAGCGUCAUCAAGCAGGGUGGCACCAAGACGGACAAGCUGGAGAAGCUCAUGAUCCGUAUUGGCAUCUUCACACUACUCUACACGGUGCCCGCCAGCAUCGUGGUGGCCUGCUACCUGUACGAACAGCAUUAUCGCGAGAGUUGGGAGGCUGCGCUCACCUGCGCGUGCCCAGGUCCAGAUGCCGGCCAGCCGCGCGCCAAGCCCGAGUACUGGGUUCUCAUGCUCAAGUACUUCAUGUGCCUCGUGGUGGGCAUCACGUCGGGCGUCUGGAUUUGGUCCGGCAAGACUGUGGAGUCGUGGCGCCGCUUCACCAGCCGCUGCUGCUGCCGCCGCCCGCGGCGGGGCCACAAGAGCGGCGGCGCCACUCCUGCCGGGGACUACGAGGCGAGCGCAGCUCUCACUGGCAGGACCGGGACGCCGGGCCCCGCCGCCGCCGCCGCCGCCGCCGCCUACCACAAGCAGGUGUCCUUGUCGCACGUGUAGGAGGCCGAGAGGGACCUGGCCGGGAGUUGAGGGAGGGAGGGAGGUUGUUUUGUUUGGUAGCUUUGCCAAGGUCACUUCCGUUUACCUUCAUGGUGCUGAUGCCCCCUCCUGGGGCAACUUGGAGAGAAGGGGAAAGGGGCUGGUUCAAGGGGAGUACCUGCCCCAGGACUUCGCAAAGGGGCUCAGCUCACGUCUAUUCUAUCUUACUGCCUUUUCAAGGGGAACCCUGUUUUUAAUUUAUAUGUAGUUUUCUUAAUUUUUAACUGUUGCAUUUUGGCAACAAAAUUUACCUUUGCUUUGGGGGCUUUACAGUCCUAAGGUUGGCAUUAUAACGACGUUCCACUGGGUUCAGGUUUCCUUGAACUGUGUGGUCUAUAUUGGGAAAAUAGUUUCCUAUUCUUGUGUCUUUAAAAAUAAUGUGAACAGUGAAAGUUUGGGUUGUUGUGACUGGGAAGUUGUCCCGUGUGUUUUUUCAGCUCGUUUCUCCUCCCACUGCUUAAAGUGUCCAAGAUGCUUUAAGGUGAGCUACUUGUCCCUGAUCAUGGUUCCUAAGUUAGGGGGAACCCCAAGUCAUUCCAAGGAGGGGGAGCGGGGAGCAUAGUGUGGUUAGGGCCUCCCAAAAGUGACAAGGUUAGGAAGUGUUUAGAGAUUUUGUGUCCAUCCUAUCCUAGCUUUGUUUAGCAAGCUUCAGUUUCUGUUCUGUCUUACCUGUAAUUAUUCUCAUUCUUAACAGUGCGAGCUUUACUUCAGUAAGUUAGGGGUGGCAUUACAGUGUCCGGCCGGAAUAAAUAUUUGGAACAGUGAGAACCUGAGGGAUGGUGAUUGGUUGAAUCUGAAUUCUAGACUAAGAUGGCAGCUUAGUGCCAAAGGAGUGGGUGGUUCUUAAUAGGCUUCAGUGAUCCCACUUUU